GGGCGGCGGCCAAGACGGAGGCGGAGGCUGAGGGGGGCUACCCACGGGUCGCCGCGGAGAGUCGUGCGAAGGCGGAGUCGAGCCCUGGGGACCCUGCUGUCCCGGUCCGACCGCUAGCGACGGGCUCCUCCUUGGCAGUAGCGGUUGCGCGCGACCCCUCAUCCCGCCACCUCCCCUUCCCACCCCACCUCCGCAGCUUUCCUUCUCCCGCUCCACGCCUGGCCCGGUCCGGCCGUGGCCCUCCUCGGUGCCGGCCGCCAUGGCUGAGGCAUCCGGCGCGGGGGAAAUCUAGCCCAGGGAUUUCAUGCGGCCUAGCUUGAUUCCGUCUCGUUCCCCCGCGGCCCCGGCGGCUCCCAGCAACCCAGCCCCACUCCGGGCCUCCGUGUCUCUCCUGUGAUCGUACUGACACGGCCGGGGGGUUAGAAUGGAACAAACUGAAGGCCCGAUGAGAGAAAGGGAAAAUUAAGGAUGCUGGAGCAGAACAAUGGAUUUCUCUUUCUCUUUCAUGCAAGGGAUCAUGGGAAACACAAUUCAGCAACCACCUCAACUCAUUGACUCCGCUAACAUCCGUCAGGAGGAUGCCUUUGAUAACAACAGUGACAUUGUUGAAGAUGGUGGCCAGACACAGUAUGAAGCUACCUUGCAGCAAGGCUUUCAGUACCAACCUACAACGGAAGAUCUUCCUCCACUCACAAAUGGUUAUCCACCAUCAAUCAGCAUGUAUGAAACUCAGACCAAAUACCAGCCAUAUAAUCAGUACCCCAAUGGGUCAGCAAAUGGCUUUGGUGCAGUUAGAAACUUUACCCCCACUGACUAUUACCACACAGAAAUUCCAAACACAAGACCACAUGAAAUUCUGGAAAAACCUUCCCCCCCACAGCCACCACCUCCUCCUUCGGUACCACAAACUGUGAUUCCAAAGAAGACUGGCUCACCUGAAAUUAAACUAAAAAUAACCAAAACUAUCCAGAAUGGCAGGGAAUUGUUCGAGUCUUCCCUUUGUGGAGACCUCUUAAAUGAAGUACAGGCAAGUGAGCACACAAAGUCAAAGCAUGAAAGCAGGAAAGAAAAGAGGAAAAAAAGUAACAAGCAUGACUCAUCUAGAUCUGAAGAGCGCAAGUCACACAAAAUCCCCAAAUUAGAACCAGAGGAACAAAAUAGACCAAAUGAGAGGGUUGACAUUGUAUCAGAAAAACCAAGAGAAGAUCCAGUACUAAAAGAGGAAACCCUGGUUCAGCCAAUACUGUCUCCCGUUCCAACAACAGAAGUGUCCACUGGUGUUAAGUUCCAGGUUGGCGAUCUUGUUUGGUCUAAGGUGGGAACCUAUCCUUGGUGGCCUUGUAUGGUUUCAAGUGAUCCCCAGCUUGAGGUUCAUACCAAAAUUAACACAAGAGGUGCCCGAGAAUACCACGUCCAGUUUUUUAGCAACCAGCCAGAGAGGGCAUGGGUCCAUGAGAAGCGGGUACGGGAGUAUAAAGGUCAUGAGCAGUAUGAAGAAUUACUGGCUGAGGCAACCAAACAAGCCAGCAAUCACUCGGAGAAACAAAAGAUUCGGAAACCCCGGCCUCAGAGAGAACGUGCUCAGUGGGAUAUUGGCAUUGCCCAUGCAGAGAAAGCAUUGAAAAUGACUCGAGAAGAAAGAAUAGAACAGUAUACUUUUAUCUAUAUUGAUAAACAGCCUGAGGAAGCUUUAUCUCAAGCAAAGAAGAAUGUUGCCUCCAAAGCCGAAGUUAAAAAAACCCGGAGACCAAGAUCAGUGCCGAACACUCAGACAGAACAGACCAAUACAGGGGAGGCGGCUUCCUCACCAUCAAGUACUGAAAUUCGGAGACACAGCCAGAGGCGGCACACGAGCGUGGAAGAGGAGGAACCACCGCCUGUUAAGAUAGCGUGGAAAACAGCAGCAGCGAGGAAAUCCUUACCAGCUUCCAUUACAAUGCACAAAGGGAGCCUGGAUCUGCAGAAGUGUAACAUGUCUCCUGUUGUGAAAAUUGAACAAGUGUUUGCUCUUCAGAAUGCCACAGGAGAUGGGAAAUUUAUUGACCAAUUUGUUUAUUCAACAAAGGGAAUUGGUAACAAAACGGAAAUAAGUGUCAGGGGGCAAGACAGGCUUAUAAUUUCUACACCACACCAGAGAAAUGAAAAGGCAACUCAGAAUAUAUCAUCUCCUGAAGCAACAUCUGGUCCUACAGGCUCAGUAGAAAAGAAGCAACAGAGAAGAUCAAUUAGAACUCGUUCUGAAUCAGAGAAAUCCACUGAGGUUGUGCCAAAGAAGAAGAUCAAAAAGGAGCAGGUUGAAACAGUCCCUCAGGCUGCAGUGAAGACUGGAUUACAGAAAGGUGCCAGCGAGAUUUCAGAUUCCUGUAAACCUCUAAAGAAAAGGAGUCGCGCCUCCACUGAUGUAGAAAUGACUAGUUCAGCGUACAGAGACACAUCUGACUCCGAUUCUAGAGGACUGAGUGAUCUGCAGGUAAGCUUUGGAAAGCAAGUAGAUAGCCCUUCGGCUACUGCAGACGUAGACAUCUCCGAUGUGCAGUCGGUGGAUUCAAGCUUGUCAAGAAGCAGCUUCGGAAUGACUAAGAAGGACGCCGUGUGUCAGAUCUGUGAAAGCACUGGUGACUCUCUGAUUCCUUGUGAGGGAGAGUGCUGCAAACACUUUCACCUGGAGUGCCUGGGACUGGCAUCACUCCCUGACGGAAAGUUCAUCUGCAUGGAAUGUCAGACUGGGCAGCACCCGUGUUUUUCAUGUAAAGUGUCUGGCACAGAUGUUAAGCGUUGUUCUGUUGGUACUUGUGGGAAAUUUUAUCAUGAAACCUGUGUCCGCAAAUUCCCCACUGCCAUCUUUGAAUCAAAAGGAUUCCGCUGUCCCCAGCACUGCUGCUCUGCCUGCUCCAUGGAGAAAGAUAUCUACAAAGCAAGUAAAGGCCGCAUGAUGAGAUGUUUGAGAUGUCCAGUCGCCUAUCACUCAGGAGAUGCUUGCAUUGCUGCUGGAAGCAUAUUUGUAUCCUCCUACGUUCUCAUCUGUAGUAAUCAUUCCAAACGGAGCAGUAAUUCUUCCUCUGCUGUAAACGUAGGCUUUUGUUUCGUUUGUGCAAGAGGGCUGAUAGUUCAGGACCAUUCAGACCCCAUGUUCAGUUCAUAUGCCUAUAAGUCCCACUACCUACUGAAUGAAUCAAAUCGUGCUGAGUUGAUGAAAUUACCUAUGAUUCCUUCUUCGUCAGCUUCCAAAAAGAAAUGUGAGAAAGUUAUUAAGACUGUUUAUUUGUUUCAAGGUGGAAGACUGCUCUGCUGUGAGUCGUGCCCAGCUUCCUUCCACCCGGAGUGCCUGGGCAUAGGCAUGCCAGAAGGCUGCUGGAAUUGUGAUGACUGUAAAGCUGGCAGGAAGCUACAUUACAAGCAGAUUGUUUGGGUCAAAUUGGGAAAUUACAGAUGGUGGCCAGCAGAGACCUGCAACCCCAGGUCUGUGCCACUGAACAUCCAGGGCCUUAAACAUGACUUGGGGGACUUCCCUGUGUUCUUCUUUGGUUCUCAUGACUACUAUUGGGUACACCAGGGCAGAGUGUUCCCUUAUGUUGAAGGAGACAAAAGCUUUGCUGAGGGACAGACUAGUAUUAACAAGACGUUCAAAAAAGCACUGGAAGAAGCUGCAAAACGUUUCCAGGAGUUGAAAGCACAAAGAGAAAGUAAAGAAGCACUAGAGAUUGAAAAAAAUUCAAGAAAACCUCCUCCUUACAAACACAUCAAAGCUAACAAAGUCGUAGGAAAGGUGCAGAUCCAGGUUGCUGACCUGUCAGAGAUUCCCCGCUGCAACUGCAAACCAGCCGAUGAAAACCCAUGUGGCCUGGAAUCUGAGUGCCUGAACAGAAUGCUGCAGUACGAGUGCCACCCACAGGUGUGCCCUGCCGGAGACCGUUGCCAGAACCAGUGCUUUACCAAGAGGCUCUACCCCGAUGCUGAAAUCAUCAAAACAGAGCGAAGAGGCUGGGGCCUCAGGACCAAAAGGAGCAUUAAGAAGGGUGAAUUUGUAAAUGAGUAUGUUGGUGAAUUAAUUGACGAAGAGGAAUGCAGAUUGCGAAUCAAGCGCGCCCACGAGAACAGUGUAACUAAUUUUUAUAUGUUAACUGUUACCAAGGACCGUAUAAUCGAUGCUGGCCCAAAAGGAAAUUAUUCUCGCUUUAUGAACCACAGUUGUAAUCCAAACUGUGAGACACAAAAGUGGACAGUGAAUGGAGACGUUCGAGUUGGACUUUUUGCUCUUUGUGAUAUUCCUGCAGGGAUGGAGUUAACAUUUAAUUAUAACUUGGAUUGUCUGGGCAAUGGCAGAACGGAGUGCCACUGUGGGGCGGAUAAUUGCAGUGGUUUCCUAGGAGUGCGGCCAAAGUCGGCAUGUGCGUCAACAACUGAAGAGAAGGCAAGAAAUGCUAAGUUAAAGCAGAAAAGACGAAAAAUCAAAACAGAGCCAAAGCAGAUGCACGAAGAUUACUGUUUUCAAUGUGGAGAUGGUGGAGAGCUGGUCAUGUGUGACAAAAAAGACUGUCCCAAAGCAUACCACCUCAUAUGCCUUAACCUGACUCAGCCCCCCUAUGGCAAGUGGGAGUGCCCGUGGCAUCAGUGCGAUGAAUGCAGCAGCUCCGCAGCUUCGUUCUGUGAGUUCUGCCCACAUUCGUUCUGUAAAGACCAUGAAAAAGGAGCUCUGGUUCCCUCUGCACUGGAAGGCCGUCUCUGCUGCUCUGAACACGACCCCAUCUCGCCUGUGUCACCAGAAUACUGGAGCAAGAUAAAGUGUAAAUUGGAAUCACAAGAUCGUGGAGAAGAAGUAAAGGAAUAGAUGGGUGGUGAUUUCCUUUUCUCUUUUUUUUCCCCCCCUCCUUAUUUUGUUUAAAUGGAAAAAAAAAAAGUAAACAGACAAUGCAGCUGAAAAAGAAGAGACGGCUACAGUGCAGGCAGCCUUUGCCGCCUGCACUGCCUCGUUGGAGUGCAGAUGCAGAAACCGGUUCACACAGGCAGACGUGGCUGGCGGGCUCGGGUUUUUGUUCGGAGGGGAUUCUUUUGUGGAGGGUUAAAUACUCUUUGUCUUUUUCUUGCUCUUUAUCGAAUGCUUCAAUGCCUUUGCAACUGGAAAAAGAGAUGUCUUCACGUUUAAGAUAAGAACAAAGAGAAAAGAAAAUUUUGCUGAUGAGGUAAAUUUAAAGUUUAAGAUGUGUUCCUUGAGUGUAUAAAACAAAAGUAGCCAUCAUUCCUUUAUUUAUUUUCCUUUCUAGGAAUUUUGAGUAGUGUAGUUCAAAUAGUCUAAUCAGUGUAUGUGUGUACGUAGGAUUGAAGAAAGCCCUCCAGAAAAGGGUAUGAAGAUCUUUAAAUACCUCUUCACUGAGGAGUAGGUUGGCUAACUUCUUUUUCCCUUCAAGAUGUUUUUUCACAGUCUUAGAGAAGGGCUCUAUGGAAGUAUUGAACCUGGCCCCGUGAAAACAAAAUGCCUCAGUGGGUUUUUCCCCUGUGGUCUUAAACUAGGUGGGCUUUGUGAUUUCAUAACUUUACCUGAAAAGGUACAUCAUGUGGUUUUUAGUUUGUUUUUUGUUUUGGAGGAAAAAAGGAAUGGAUGUGCUCACUGGUUUUGAAAUGUUCUCCAUGAAAUGGCGGGUUUUUGGAUGGCGUGCAUUUAUGCAGGUCUAAAUGCACAGCUGGAGUGGUCAUUCCUAUUAUCCUGACAUACUGAUGCAGGCAGCUAAAGGGACAUGAAAGGCGCAGACCAAAAGUGGGGUCAGAUAAGCCCCAUUUUCUGUCCAGUUUCAUGUAGCCCCUGGUCUGACUUGGGAAGAAUUAUGGGUGUUUUAUUUUCUGUCUCUGCUUCCCUCUCCUAACCAGACAUUCCUUUUGUAACUGACCAUUGAAUCAUGUUUCCUGGUGAAAAGGACACAAAUGAAUUUGAAUAGUUCUUUUUGGCUGAAUUCCUAAAUUUGGGGGGCGAAAUGGAUAGGGACAUCUCCAAGUCGUAUGUAAACAAUUUGUAUGUAGUAAUAAAAAAAAAAAAUUUUUUUUUUAUUAUCCCAUACUUCAGAUUGCCCCCAUUGAGUCAGGGGAAGCACUUCUACAGGGUUUAUAAGAGCCACACAAACACUUCGUUUUAGGAAGCACUUGGGGAAAAGUCCCAAGAAAGUCAGUGUUAGUCAAGAUGGUUGUCUGUGUUGCAUGAAUCUCACAGAUGCAAGUUUGCCAAGAUGUCUGCCCACAGAACUCAGUUGCUUUUAAUACAUAGGAAUAUGUAUAUUCUGGUAUGCCCCGUAUGAAAUAAUUAGUUAUGUCAGACGUUGUUGUAACACUGUACUAAGUAGAAGUCUAGGGUUAGCUUGAGUGAGCGUUUACUUUCUCUGUGAAUUUUGACUGCUUACCAUUGCUGGUACCUGGUAGCAUUUCUUUUCCCUCAAGUCGUACCUAGUAACCUUAUAAAGGUAGGGAGGGUAGAUGGCUCCACCGUAUUCCUUCAGCUGUGUCAGUGUGUUCCUUUUAUCAGUUUAGAGCUCUUCUCUGAAAAAAAACCUGUUUAGUGCCUCUUUUUGUUUCUUUUUUGGUACGUAAAUGUGCAAUUGUACUGGAUUUUCUCUUUUAAAAAAACAAAACAAGCAAAAAACACUACAAUUCCUUUACUUAAGCUCCUAAACUGCCAUUUGCCUAAUUGCAGCAGUAACUCUGAGGUAACUUAUUGGGCCUCAAAUAAUUCUGUUGAUUAGAUAUGGUCCCAGAAGAAAGAGCAAAAUGGAAAAUGCUAUAAAUGUUACCAAAUAUAAUUGCUACAAGUAACAUGAAAUACAGCGCACCA